UGUAGCCCUGGAUAUCAGUCUCUUAACAUUCCACAAGGAGUUGAAUGUACCUGAACAGAGAACAGCAACCAGGCUCGUAGACAUACGACCUAGCGAGAUCCUAUCGGCGCGUACUAGCACUCAUCUGCAUAUUUCCGCCAGGGAACUUCUACUCUACAAUGCGGAUGUGCAAUAAAAAAAAAAAACAGAAGAAGAAAAUGGAUUACGUCAUUGAAAAAACAUGGCGGCAUCGUUAGUGCGUUUUGUUCGCGGAGGUUUCAGCAGGACUUUGAAUCUUGCCUAUCAAAGCCCAUGUCUCGUGCACGCGAGAGCCGAGACUACUGAAACAAAACCCACUGUCAGACCCAAAGAUGCGGUCACCCAUAACCAACUUGCUACUUUUGGAGAAUAUGUGGCUGAAAUGCUUCCUAAAUAUGUGCAGCAAGUCCAGGUGACGUGUUACAAUGAGUUGGAGGUGAUGAUCCAUCCUGACGGGGUCGUCCCUGUGUUGACCUUUCUGAGAGACCACAGCAACGCUCAGUUCCGAAACAUGAUUGACCUUACUGCAGUGGACAUUCCCACCCGCCAGAAUCGCUUUGAGAUUGUGUACAACCUGCUCUCCCUGCGCUACAACUCCCGGAUCCGUUUAAAGACCUACACCGACGAGCUCACCCCAGUAGACUCCUCUGUGUCAGUCCACAACGCAGCCAACUGGUAUGAGAGGGAGGUGUGGGACAUGUAUGGAGUUUUCUUCGCCAACCACCCUGACCUGAGACGUAUUCUGACAGAUUAUGGGUUUGAGGGGCAUCCAUUUAGGAAGGAUUUCCCACUGUCUGGAUUUGUGGAGGUGCGUUAUGAUGAUGAGGUGAAGCGUGUGGUGGCAGAGCCUGUGGAGCUCUCACAGGAGUUUCGGAAGUUUGACCUGAACAGCCCAUGGGAGGUGUUCCCAGCCCACCGUGAGGCCAAGGCACCUGAGCUGCCAGCUGGGGAUAAGCCAGCUGACAAGUAACCAUCUACCCCAGAGAUAAAAUGCCCACACCUAUAUAUAAUGACUGUACUGUUGAUGGACCCAUGUCCCGCUUGAGCCCACUUAAGUAUUUAUGUAAAUAAAAACAAAAGGUAAACAUUUA